GCCUCUUCAUGUUGUUGCAGCUCAACUGUAGCUAACUUAAAAAGCUACGUCUAAAAUGGUAACGAUCCCAGCUAAUCCUGCGGUGGGAAAGGCAACAAAGGUGAUGCAUGUUGAUGAGAUAAACUCGUCAUAAGGAUUCGACUUUAACGUUACACCGAGCAGCCUAGCGUCGGGUUAGUUAGUUGAACCUUGACACACUGCACACUGCACUGACUACAAGUGAGAGACGCUUUCCAUAACGCAUACAUUGAAUACAUUGGUGUUAAAUUAGUCUUUCUGUCAACGAAAGUGAAUUAGAGUCACUGACCUCUGCAGACCGAAGAUGACCUCUAAGAAAGUGAUCGAGUUGUUCUACGACGUGGUUUCUCCGUACUCUUGGCUUGGUUUUGAGGUAAUGUGCCGCUACAGACACGUGUGGAAUAUAGAUCUCAAACUGCGUCCUGCUUUUCUGGGUGGCGUCAUGCAAGGAGCAGGAAACAAGCCCCCUGGUAUGGUUCCAAACAAAUACCUGUACAUGACCAAAGAUCUGAACCGCUUGUCAGAGUAUUUUGGUGUUCCCUUGCAAGAGCCAUCUGACCCCUUUGAGGCCAUGUUCAAAAAAGGCUCCUUGUCUGCAAUGAGAUUUGUGGCAGCAGUGCAAGAGAGGGAGAAGGGUGGAGACGAGCAGGUGGAGCGGGUGUCCCGGGAGUUGUGGAGAAGGAUCUGGAGUGAGGACAAAGACAUCACUGAACCUGCAUCGCUUUCUGAGGCAGCGAUGAAAGCUGGACUGUCUGACAGCGAGAUUGAAGAAGUGCUGAAGCUGUCCAACUCAAAGGAGAUCAAAGACAAGCUGAAAAGCACAACACAGUGUGCACUCGAUCACGGGGCAUUUGGCUUCCCCUUUUUGGUGUGUCACGUAAAUGGAAAGCCAGAGGUGUUUUUUGGAUCUGACAGAUUUGAGCUCAUGGCCCACUGCAUUGGGGAGAAGUGGCUGGGACCUCAGCCUGACCAAUCAACUGCCAAGCUGUGAAAUAAUGUAUAAAUAUGCCUUCAAACUCUGGUGUGCUCAUAGAUUCUCAUUUCAGUAAUUCUUUCACUUAUCAUAUUUUCUGUGCCUUCUGAAACCAAGCAUUAUAUUUGCAAUAUGUCUUUUAAUAACAAAUAGUAGUGUCAAUAAUGUAACAUACCAUUUCACUGUUACCUGUAAUUAUGUGCCUAUUAUUAAAAGAAACAUUGUCAACUUCCA